AUGGCAGACAUGGACGAAUUCGCGCAGACGCGUGGCGCAGAUGACUUGUUUGACGAUGAAAUCAUUCCAGUCUCGACAGAGGAACAGCAAGCUCAGGAAGAGCUAGUGGUGGUACCUGCGGAGGCAGAACCUCCUGCCCCACAGCAGGCAGAGCCUGUAGUUGAGAAGCAGCCGCUGCCUCCUCCUCGAAGCGAGACUUCUCACCGGGGUCGUGGAGGAGAUCGAGAUCGAGGCCGUGGACGCGGGCGGGGCCAGGGCCAGGGCCGGGCUCAAACACAAGCCAAGGGACGUGGGUUGCAGGAAUCAGUGUGGGCAGAAAAGACGCCAGCUGAGGAGUCGCCACGCCCCAAGGGUCCCAAGGGUCCCAAGGGUCCCAAGGCUACCAAGAAGCCCGCACCAACUAAACAGAACGAGCCUGCAGCUCCUGCUCAGCCCGAGGCGGGGCCAAGUGAUCAGACUGAACAGGACGUCGAGGGGCAGGGGGAGGAUACAAAUGGCAAUGGCCCUGAACCUCAACGAGUACCUGCUGUUCGGGGGGAUCGGAGUGCGACGGGAGGAGUACGGAAGCCCAAACUCACCGAAGAAGAGCUGUCGAAGCGCAUUGCCGCUGCCAAGGAGAACGCUGCGAAGAAAGCCGCGGCACACGCUCGUGCAGAAGCCGAUCAAGCAUCAUUCCUCGAGCGAGAACAAAUUGCAGCCGAGAAGCGACGCAAAGAAGUGGCUAACCGUCGAGUCAUGGACAACGAGCGUGAGCAAAAUCGACAGCGGAAACUAAACGCCCAAACUGGCCGUGAAUGGGACUCUCAGAAGACCGAGGACGACUACAACCCACGCGGAGGAGGCAGCCAGUUCCGCCGGGGCAUGCAUGGCGGAGUAUCUGGGUAUGCUCGUCGGGACUUUGAUGAGCGGCCAUCUGAAGAUGGAGCUGGCGAUUAUACCAGUCCCGGACGUGGGCGUGGACGUGGUGGACGUGGUGGCCGUGGCCGUGGUCCUUCCCGCGGGCCACGAGGGGACCGAGCGUCUUCAAAAGAACCAUCGGAGAAGACAGCUACACCCUCCGUGAAUAAUGAGGCCGAUUUCCCUUCUCUCCCAGCCGGCAAAAAGCCAGAAAUUACACCCCCAACAACCGUGGAGACGAAAGCCAUUGCACAGCCGCCAUCUAUGGAGAAGCUUGAGGCUACGAUGUCUCCAUUGACUGGCACCUGGGCUGACCAGGUUGAGGAAUAG